UUUAUUUUGGCAGAUCUUACCGGAAGUCUUUAGUAUUAAUUAUGACGGAUAUACAGGUUAGCUAGCAAUAGCUCUAACCUCCAUCUGUGUAUGUGGUUCAAGCGGUGGUUGGUAGUGAUGGAGCCGUUAUAGGUGUUUGUGGAGACUGAGAAAUGAUCUUCUCGACCGAUUGAAUUAAGAAGAAACAUUGACUGCAGAUGGAGAAUGGAGACCUGGGUCACAUGAUGGGAGAGCCAGUUACUCUGAACGUGGGCGGCUGUGUGUAUAGCACAUCCCUGUCUACGCUACAGCGCUACCCAGACUCCAUGCUGGGAGCCAUGUUCAGAGGUGACCUCCCCACUGUCAGGGAUGCGCACGGGAACUACUUCAUUGACCGUGACGGCCCACUGUUUCGCUACAUCCUCAACUUCCUGCGGACGUCAGAGCUCACAUUGCCAUGUGACUUCAAGGAGACGGAGCUGCUCAGGAAGGAGGCUGACUUCUAUCAGAUUGAGCCCCUUAUCCAGUGCCUGGGAGACCCCAAGCCGCAGCUGCCCUACCCCACAGACAGCUACGAAGAGGUGGUUGAGCUGUCCAGCACCAGGAAGCUCUCCAAGUACUCCAAUCCUGUUGCAGUCAUCAUCACCCAGCUCACCAUCACCACCAAGGUCCAUGCAAUGCUGGAGUCAAUCUCCUGCAGUUUCACAAAAUGGAACAAACACAUGAUGGACACCAGAGAUUACCAGGUGUCCUUCACCUUCGGGCCAUGUGACCACCAACAGGAGGUCAGCCUCCGUGUCCACCUCCUCGACUUCAUCUCCAAAUCUGGGUUUACGAUACGCAACACGCGUGUUCAUCACAUGAGUGAACGGGCUAAUGAGAACACAGUGGAGCAUCAUUGGACAUUCUGCCGCCGAGCUCGCAAAGUCGAUGAGUGAUGGAUGAAACAAAGGAUUGAUUUACAUUACAGAUAUGUAAUGUGUCAUCAGACACCGACAGAAACUUUUUUGUUUGUUGUUUUGUGAAAACAUUGUAUGUUUUGUGUUUUUGACUUAAUCCACUCAAAGUUAAAGCACAAAGUGAGGUCACUGACAUCAUGAGGACUUCAACAAAUAGUACUACUGCUUUAAAACAAACACCCAAUGGACAAACGUUUACAGACAGACUUCAAGCAUGUGGAAUCUGUUGGUGUUUGACCCUCCAGCACCUUUUGAGAUGAGCUGGAUCUAUGACUGUCUACUUAUCACGUCACUUUCUCGGUGUUGGACUUCAGUAAUCUGGAGUAAACCAGAAGAUUGAAAAUGAUUAUAGUAGCAGAUUAAUAUUCAUGGUUUUAAAUGCAGGUGUUCAGUUAUCAAAUACCUUAAAUGCUUCAUCAUACCUUUGAGUACAUUGUGAGUGUUGGAUACAGUUUUGGCAUGUCAGUGGGAUCAAAAAUUGGUUGUCUGUCAUUGUUCACUACAAAUUAAAAAAUUUUUUUAAAAAAGGUCUGUUUUGUGUUAUUAAAAUUGGUCAGAAUUAGGUUUUAGUUUUUUGGGGGUUUUUCUAAACUUUAAAUUUGAACAAAAUGAAAACUAAAAGAGUUUAAAAUCACAUGAGCCAAUAUUUUAUCCACAACAGAAUAUAAAUUAUAUAACAAGUGUUUAAAUAACAAACUGAGAAGUUUUACAAUCUUAUGCACAAAAUUAGCUCAUUUCAAAUUUGAUGCUUGCUACUGGUCUCAAAGUUGGGGCAGGGGCAUGUUUACCAUGGUGUAUCAUCUUCUCUUCUUUUCAAAACUGCUUGAAGACGUCUGGGCAUCGAGGUUAUGAGUCUGGAGAUUUGGUGUUGGAAUUCCCAUUUUUGCCUCAUAUAGGUUUCUAGCUGCUGAAGAGUUUGUGGUUGUCUUUAACGUAUUUUUUGUUUAAUGAUGUGCCAUAUUUUCUCUAUAGGGAAACCUUUAUAUACCUUUCAGCAUUCAUAGUUCCUUCCAAAAAAUGCAAGCUGCCCAUACCGUGUGCACUUAUGUACCCCAAUAUCAUCAGAGUCUUGUUACGUUCUUUGUCCAUCACAUCACUCCUGUUCUGCAGCAGCUUCAUUGGCUCCCGGUCAAGUAUCGUAUCAAUUUCAAAAUACUCUUGUACGAAUUUAAAGCUAUUCAUCAUCUCUCUGAUCUGGUUAACAUCACCGCCCCAUCUCGUUGUCUCAGAUCUUCUUCUUCCCUUUCACUCUCCGUCCCCUCCCCCCGUCUUGUCACCAUGGGGAGCAGGGCUUUCAGCUGCUCUGCUCC